GCUCCUCUGGUCGAGGGUGAGGAGGCCAGGGCGAGCCGCUUCAUCGGCGCGGCGUCCGACUCCAGUUUUCGCGCCAUCAACCUCACGCAGCAAGGGGCGCCGUCUCCGUUUCGGAUUUCACCCCACGGGCUCGGAAUUCCUCGCCCCACGCCUCCUCACGCCGACGCUCAGGUUUUCUUGUCGAGGGUGACGAGGCCAGGUCGAGCCACUACAUCAUGACGACGUCGUCCGGCUCCAGCUUUCCCGCAGUCGACCUCAUGCAGCAAGGGGCGCCAACUCCGCGUCGGAUUUCCGAUUGCGCCCAGCAGGCUCGGACUCCCCCGGAUUUAUCUCGCCAGAAUUUGGCAAUGGGCUGGUUAAUGUUCGAAGAUGCUUCUGAUAUUUAUGGAGAUGACUUACCUGUUCCAUCUAUUGCAAAGAAAACACAGGUAUUUGUCAAACAUUUACAUGGAACACUAUCAUUGCAAGUUGAUUUAACAAAAGAUGUGGAGGUUCUUAAGGAAGUCGUCGAGAAAAGAUUGCAAAGAAAUGUUUCUGAUGAGUAUUUUGCUUACUAUCUAAAAGAGUUGGAACCAAGGAACUCCCUAUUAUCUUAUGGAAUAAAAAGAGACUCCACCAUAAGUCUAACGCCUAGGCUCCGUGGUGGUCGCAGAAGGCUCAAGACACUUCUUCGCUUUUUCCUAAAGCAUAAGGAGGAACUAGUAAAACUUGUUGAGCUGACUGAUGGAUCUGACUCAGUGGAGUUAACUUAUAUGGGCUGCAAAUUCUUAUCUAGCUGGUUGUGUUGUUUCCUCAGAGCUUUUGCAUCAGGAAGAUCUUGGGGUGGCUCAUUUGACUUAGUGAGUUUCUUGGUUCCUAGACAGAGUGUUCACAUUUUCAAAACGCCAAGUAAAGAACUCAAUCCAAGAAAUUUGCAUAUGGACUGCACAACUUUCACCAGAUUUGUGAGAGUCAUGUUUGUAUUGAACAAUCAGCAUCCUCCUUACCUACUGCAUCUCCUAAGUAUGCUAGACAACUUAACCAUGGAGGAUCUAUCAGCAGAUAUGUUAUUUUCUCUGACAACACAUAUAUCACUUAUGCCAUCCCUGAAUCGAGUUUGCUUGGUAUACUUGAUCAAAAGAAGGUAUGAUGGCUGGCACCCGUCUGAACGAAAGCGCUUUAGAAAUUAUGUCAACGCGUGCCAAUUGCAUGAAAUCUGGCUGCUGAAUCUGAGAUUCGUCCCUAUGUUUGGGGAUGUUCUUGUUGAAACCCUGCGGAGGAGUGCUGUAUCCCACAAUGAUUGGCAUCAACUGUUCGUAAUUAUCAGAAAUUAUAAUACACAUGGGCCAGAAUACUGUUGGAGAGGGAAUGUUCAAUGGUACAACUACAGUAACAAUGGCAUGGAGUUGAUUGUGCCAAAAUAUACAGCUGAUUUUCUAGCUCAAAUGCUUGAUGUCCUAAUUGAAAGGAAGUUUGACAUUAAAGAUGAGUUGAUGGCCUGCUCAGUUUCUUGUUGUGCCCGUAAAAUUUGGAAGAGAAGAUUUAGGGAGAACUCAGAUAGACGGAGCAGUUCUCCAAUUGAUUCUGAGAGGUCUGUUAAGAGAAGAUUUAGGGAGAACUCAGAUAGACGGAGCAGUUCUCCAAUUGAUUCUGAGAGGUCUGUUAAGACAAACAAGAGAAGACGUGCUGAAAGUUAUGAUAGAAGAGGAUCGAAGAAACAUAAGAAAUUAUAAGGGUUUGUUCUGAAACCAAGUUUUGCUUUGGUGCUCUCGUGUCCAUUCAUCAGGAAGAGUGGAAGAUUCAGGCAGCGGAUGCCAUGGCCCGUCUGCCUGGAAGCUACCAUGAAGAAUAGGGGUUAUGAUGAUCAAACUGCUAACGGCUUGACAUUGAUCAACACUUCGCAGCAUUAUUCAAGUCCUGUGUAAUGCUGUUUUUACCGUUUUAUUUUACCAGCUAUGUAACAGUAAACAUUGAACAAAGUUAACCGCACUGAUGUUGGGAACAUGCCUGGUGGUGGAACGAAUAACAUGAUUGUUGAUUGAUGCCAUGGACUAUUGGUGCGCUUGGUUUGAGGAAUGGAUUAAUGCAUCACCACUUAUAUU